AUGUCGUCCGACUUUUCUUCGCCCAUGAAGAAGUUCAAGUUGGUGUUUUUGGGAGAACAAAGUGGUCAGUUUGGCUUUUUUGGUGGUGUUCGGAUCUUUUAGGUGUUGGCAAAUGCAUUUUGAGGUUUUUAAUGUGAAAUGAAGUUGUAAUUAUGUUUUUGAAGCAUGAAAUGAGGUUAGAAAUGACAGUUUUCAUGGCAUAUUAUGUAUUUUUUGAUGUAACUCAAUUUCAGUUGGCAAAACCUCGCUUAUCACAAGAUUUAUGUACGACAGCUUUGAUAAUACAUAUCAGGCUACGAUUGGCAUUGAUUUCCUUAGUAAGACAAUGUAUUUGGAGGACAGAACAGUAAGCAUAACAUAAAUUUCAUUGAGUUUUAGGUAAUUUUAGUAGCUUUCAUGCAAAGGCUUGAUUCUGAAGCAGAUAGUCGAAUGAUAAGCUGGUGCUGCCUAUAUUCUACGAUGUUAAUAAGGUUAUGCUUGACAAUUUUAGGUCCGUUUACAAUUAUGGGACACAGCAGGCCAAGAGCGAUUCAGAUCUCUGAUUCCUUCCUAUAUUCGUGAUUCUUCUGUAGCUGUGGUCGUUUAUGACAUUACUAGUAAGUUUUAUGUUUUGUAUACUUUUUCUUUAAUUUUUAGGCUUGGUUUUUACUAUAGGAACUCUAAAUUGGGCAAAUACAUCAAGUUCACCUUGUUUUAUUCACUAAAAUUCAGUUUUUAGUCAAUCUUUAGUCGAUUUGAAUGUUUUUGUAAAAAACAUUAUUGUUUUUGCAUAAAAAACGUACGAAAACAAUCAAAUUUUGCAAAAUUUAUUGUUUUUAGAUGCAAAUUCGUUCCACCAGACCUCGAAAUGGAUUGACGACGUGAGGACGGAGCGUGGAAGUGAUGUCAUUAUCAUGUUGGUUGGUAAUAAAACUGAUCUUUCUGAUAAAAGGUAAAGGCAAUACACAUAUUUUGCGCUGUAGGGAUUUUAAUUUUCGGAUUUUACAUUGAUAAGUCCAAAAUGACGAUAAAAUGUCAUUUUUGGCGAUUUUCUUGAAAGAAAACUUAAAUUUGAACCUUUUUCUUUGUAAAAAAUCAUAAAAUUAGGUUAAUCUAAUAUUUUCAAUGUAAGUUAAUCCUCUUUUUGUUUAGACAAGUGUCGACUGAAGAAGGAGAACGAAAAGCGAAUGAGCUGAAUGUUAUGUUUAUCGAAACUUCGUCGAAAGCUGGCUAUAAUGUAAAACAAGUAAGGUUUAUCAUUUAUUUUUGAAGUUUUAGGUUUAACUCUGCCACAGCUUAGCAAUUUAUGUAAAGAUUGAGAUGAUAAUGACCUUUGGAUAUCAAAAAUGGCCUUUUGAAGACAGAGAAGGAUAAUUUUAGGUGGAAAAGUAUCUUUUAAGGCUGAGGAGGAGCUUUUGAGGUGGACAAGUAUCUUCUUAUGUGGAGAAGGACCAUUUUAGGUGGAUAUAUGUCUUUUUAGGACAAAAAUAACAAAUCAAGGUCAAUAUUAACCUUAUAUAUUGUAGUUGUUCCGCCGCAUCGCCAACGCCCUGCCAGGAACGGAGAACGAACGUCAAGCCGACGCUCGUCAAGUGGUGGAUAUUGGCCCAAUAAAACCACGUCAAAUCGUCACUGACGAUGGAUCGUGCUAUUGCUAA